CUUGCUUAUCUGUUAUAACUUAUAGGUGAUCUACAGACAAGAUGGGCUUGUUUUACGCAGUUCUUUUUGCUGGAUUGUUUAUAACAGUUACAGAAGGAUGUAUUGAUGGCUGGGUUCAACAUAAUGACAUGUGUUACUUUUUGAGCCACGAUAAAGCGACAUGGUAUGAGGCAUUGGCCGUGUGCUCGUCUGUGUUCGGGACAUUGGCAGAACCAUCCUCGGCGGAUUUACAAAAUUUCUUAGUGAGUCAAAUCCCAAAGAAUUCAUCAUUUCCACAUCAACACUUCAAAUAUUGGAUUGGAAUAUCGGAUGUUUUCAAGGAAUCUCAUUGGAUGUUCAUUUCAAAUCAACAUCUCGUUUCCAAAACUUUCUGGUCCCCCGGAGAACCAAAUAACAAUAUCGGAACCGGUUUAGAUAAUACAGACGAAGAUUGUGUUCUGUUCAACUGGGAUGGCAAAGGUUUAUGGAACGAUUACUCUUGUACAACACGUUUCUUGUUUACCUGUCAGAAAGAGAGUAGAUUAUUACAAGCUUAA